AAGAAGGUUUUAUUUUUUAUGUAAAUUAUUUACAUUAUUUCUUUUAAAAAUUUUAUAUAAAAAAAUAGCGUAAUGGAUCAAAUAACACUCAUUUCCUCAGCGGAAGAGCAGCUAAAAUGUUUUGGCAACUUUCUGGCUGAGCACGAUAAGACGCUUGAAGACAUUCUGCAGCACUACAUUAUUUUAGCGGAUCAACAGAAUUCACUUUGCAAUGAGCCUCUCGUAAAAAUAGAUUAUCAAGCGAAUCGAGAGCAGUUAUCAUUAUUGCGGUUACUAGAAUCCGAUCGGCUCCUGAAUAAAGUGCUAUUAACAUUUGGAUAUUUAUGUCAAGAAGUGAAAAAUGUUGCAAAGGAUGCAAAAAACAUUCAGAUUAAGUUUUUAUAUUUGGAUGAGGAGUUACUGCUUAUUUUGGAAAAUGAUAGAUUAGACGGAGAAGAUUUGGGCGUUGAUAAGCUCAAUAACGAACGUUUACUGUUGAAAAUGAGCGAAUCUAUGGAGUUUUUAUGCCAAAUGCAAUUUUUGUUCCAACGUUGUAUAUUGCUGGGCAAUAAUUUGUUACAUCAAAGUGGUGCUUUAUUGGCUAAUGAGAAAAGUACGAAUUGCAUUGAACUGAAAUUAACGCAUGUUUGUGAUUAUUUAAGUGAAUUGUUUUAUAACAUUUUGAUAUUCGAUCAAAUUCUUUAUCGUUCGAAUUUUUCGCGUUUCUGGCCGGCUUACAAAAAAACUGUAGAAGCUAUUGGUCUUAGUGGCUCCAAAUGGCGCAAUUGCUCUCCCGCAGAAUUCAGUGGCUUGGAAAAUUGCUUACAAGAAUUAGAUAUUUUAUUCACUGGUUGUCUAUAUCAGCAUUUCCUCGAAAGCAGUUUCAAUUUAAAGGAGAGAAUCGGUCCUACCGGUCUAGGCCAAUUGACACAACAGUUCAAUGAUUACCUAAGGCAGCAAUUGCAACGAAUUGACAAAUUUAAUAAUAGUGUAUUGAAUGAAUUCAGCGAAGCAAAUAUCUUGAUAAAACUUAAUGCAUUCUGUGUGGUUUUUCACGAUUUUUGCGGACAAGUUGAUAGCAAAGCUUUGAAGCAUUUACUGGAAUUGAAUAGCAAGCAUACGGGUAUUUUGUUAAUAGCUAAUAUUCCCUGGUCAUCUUCGGACUUCCUGCGUAAAAAUGCAUUUUCGUUGGUAAAGCCGCACUUAAAACUAAUGAACGAUUUACGAAAAGAACAGCAGCUUUUUUUAAAUACUCAUGCUGCAUCACUAUCACGUGAUUGUCGCUCCUAUUGUUCACAAAUAACGUUAUGGAUAUUAAAGAUGAACAAGAUCCUGAAUGUAGCGCCAUUUGAUCUAAAAAUGGAACAAUUCAAGGAACUAACUAUGCUCCUGAAUCAAGGCAUUGAUAUAGCUGGUCAAGUGAGCUUCCUAAUCAAAGGCAUAGUGAAUUGCCAUGAAGGUAUACAAAUACCCAUGACUAAGCCUAGUUUAUUAACCAUAUGCAAACUUAUCGAACUGUUGAAAAUGAUACAAUUGUGUUUAAGAAAUCAUACAGCAAAUAUAGCCAAAAUUAUAAACUGUUUACUACAAUAUUUCCAAUAUAAAAUAUUGCAUUUGUUAAGCAAUUGUAAAAAAAAAUUAAUAUCCUCGAAAUUAGCUGAACGGGGUGUGGAUGCUUUAGCAGCUUUGAAAAUUUGCGAACGCUGUUUACAUGGUCCACCCAGCAAAGCACGCAUUCUGGUCGCCAAAUUGGCCUUCGAUGCUUCAUGCAACGUAAAAAAUCGUAGUGUAACGCAAGAGCAACAAGAACGUUUUCGUAAUUUAAUGCAACGCAUAGAGAUAAUGGCGGAAUUUCAAUUACAUAUAGAAGAAAUAGGUGAUGCUUCGUUCUUGUGCUGGCAUCAAUCGAUUUUACAAGCCUAUCUGAAACAAAUUGUUGAUAAAAAGUUAGAUUUUCAAUCAUUUCAGUAUCUUAUUAGCUCAGCCGAUGAGUGUGUUAAAGCAUUGAAAAUUCUUGGCUUAAAAGAUUUAAAUUUGUUUUCGUCUUUGGAAAAAUUCAACUUUGAAAAUAUACGUUCCGAAAUUAUUAGCAAACUUUGUGCUCAGAUAGAAAUAUUCCUGCGAUUGGAUGUACAUUCCAGUUUGCAAUUGGAGAAAAUUAAUCCUUUUGAUCAGGGCAUCGAUGAUUACAAAAAACUAAUUAAUAUUUGCCCUUUAGCGAUAAAUGGCAACUACGUAUUAUUAAAGGAUCAUGUUGAAAACUACUUGAGUGCUAUGUUUUAUAAUUUGACCACGAUAUCGCUACAUGAUUGGAAAACAUAUGAAGAGAUGAGGCAUUUAGCUAAUAAAAGAUUGAUUUUAAGACCGGUAGAAGAUUAUUUGCCAAAUCAAACCUUAGAGCAGGGUAUUGAUAUACUGGAGAUAAUGCGUAAAAUACACGUUUUUGUAUCUAAAUAUGUUUACAAUAUGAAUUCACAAAUCUUUGUGGAACAACAAAGCAACAACAAACAUUUGGAUACUAUAGGUAUUAAGCAUAUGGCGAAUUCGCUACGUACUCAUGGUACCGGUGUAAUUAACACUACCGUCAAUUUUACAUAUCAAUUUUUAAGGCAAAAAUUUUACACCUUUUCCCAAUUUUUGUAUGAUGAACAAAUUAAAUCUCGUCUUAUGAAAGAAUUAAGAUCGUUUGCUGAACGCAAGCACACAGACAAAUAUCCUUUAUAUCCAUAUGAAAGAGCUGAUAACUUUAAUAAGGAUAUACGUAAGUUGGGUUUGACUCAGAACGGGCAAACUUACAUGGAUCUUUUUCGAAACGUUAUUACUCAAGUUGGCAAUGCUAUGGGCUAUAUACGAUUGGUGCGUUCGGGUAGCAUACACGCUAACUAUAGUGCCAGUUUAUAUUUACCGAAAUUUGCUGACGACCUGAACUUUGUACAAAAUUGUCAUAAUCAAAACCUAAGUGAGGUAACACAAAAUGCUGCUGAAAAUCUCGAAACAAAUAUACAAAAUUUAGCAAAAUGUUUCGCUGACAACACUGACUAUUUUAAGUUACUAAUUGAUGCCUUUCAGCCGUUCUUUCGUAAUCCAAAUAAUUUGCAUUUGAAAACUUUUUAUUUGAUUGUACCCGCUCUAACGAUGAAUUACGUAGAGCAUAUGCUCGCAAUGAAAGCUAAAAUCAAUAAAAAAGAACGCGAGGAAGUUAUACUUUUCGAUGACGGUUUUCCCGUUGGCCUAGCUUACGUGCUCAAACUUUUGAAUCAAAUCGGCGACUUUAACACGCUGCAAUGGUUUGCGACAAUACGAGACCGCUUCGAAAUGGAAAGCCGCAAAAUUAAAGAAAUGCUUUUGGAAAUUAAUAAUAAUUCAAAGCAAUCAACUAAAUCUAAUACAAACGCUUUAGUGGCGCAAAAAAGUGAAAAUGAAAAACUGCAACAAACGUUUGUGCUGACCGAACGACGCAUAAAUGCUCAUCAAAUGGAAUAUAAUCUAUUAUAUUAUAAUUUAUGCAGUGCCAAAAUAUUUUUCCAAUAAUUCCAAAAGCAAAUUGUGAACAAAGUUAAUUUACUUUAUAGGUUAAGCAUAAAGAUUGAAGGAUUGAAGGAGAUAUUCGAUAAUUGAUCGUUAAGAGAUUUGAAUUUU